UUAAAUUCACCGGUUUCGAUUUUGGGAACUGAUUAAGUGUCAAUUAAUUCUUAGUUGUUAACAAUGUAUUGAUGUUAUGUAGUUCUAGUUUUAGAUAAAUCUCGGCAGAAGUUAUAAAAAGAAGCAAAAAUGCCGGAUUGGAGUUGGUUAAUAAUGGCAGCGCUGUUCGGAGCAGUCUCCGCGCUCUCCGUACCGCUGGCCCUUCUUCUGUACUUCGUGAGACCGUUCGAGCAAAAAUCACCCUCGGAAGAAGACUUUUUCGUACCCCUUACUUUACCCCCGGAAAUUCUGAAUGAACUGACUCGUGGUGCAGGGAGUACCCCUGAAGGCGCCCUGAACGCGAUGCUGCAGUUCAUAUUCCAGCAGAGCACUGCUGAUACGCGUUGGCUUCGGCGACGAAUGGCCAACGAGCUAGCAGAACUGCUGGCGAAAACCUCCUCCGGGAAGAUAUUUGAAUCUCUAACGCUCCGUUCGCUAGAAGUAGGCACAGAGUUUCCAAGCAUCACCAAUCUCCGUCUGGUCAAUGGAGAGUUAGAAGAUGAUGGAGCAAGAUUGCGCUCACUAGACUUGAAGUUCGAUCUCCAGUACGAUGGGAGCUUCAGAAUCGAAGUGGAUGCCAUUAUGUUGUUAGGGAAAAUUGCCAACAUUUCGAUUACUGUGGAAAGCAUAAGCGGUAACGUUCGAGUUAUGUUUCGACGUACGCCCUACACGCAUUGGGCGAUAGCAUUCGAAGCUCCUCCACGCUUAGAACUUCGGGUGCGAGGUCGCUUUCAAGGAAGGCAGCUCAAACCGCGACUGGCAGCUCUUGUAGCCGCUCAUAUCAGACGAGCCGUGGCUCAGAGGCAUACACUUCCCAACUACAAGAUUAGAUAUAAACCAUUCUUCCCAAAGUCAGAGCCAGGCAGUACAGAAGGUGAAGAUGGUCCCACGCCUCACGGUCGACUUACAGUGCGAUUAGUCGAAGUUACUCGACUGCACUGGGCAGGGACCAAUGGGACUGUACGUGCUGCCUUAGCCGUGGACUCACAUGGAUGGGUAUCACUCCGCCGCGGCAUCUUAGUUCUUGACGUGGUUCUACCAGCAGUAACUGGGCCAUUAGGUCUAGUGUGCUGCCAAGGUGUCGGAGUGGUGUUGGUGGACACAGUGGUGCCGAUGUCGCCGGCAUACAGGGCCGAUCUGCGUCGCGAUGAUGUAGUGCUGGCCAUCGAUAAUAAACCAGUCAUUAAUGUUGCUCAAGUUGGAAAACUGUUACGCAGCGUAGAACGUCGUGCAGUCACAGUGCGGGUGAGGAGAGGUGGUUCAGGAGGGUCCACAAGAAGAGAGGACGAACCAAAAAGACUGCGCACUAAUUUCUCAUUCCGACGCGUUUCAGAGGUUAUGGAAGGCGUCCGAAUUCAAGGCAUCCGCGCUGCGGCCUCUAAAAACAACUUAACUGAAACAGAUUCACCAUCGAAGUCUACGGAUCAAUCUGAACCUGACACUCCGGUAAAACAAAAAACAGAGCCACAAACUAUAAGGCCAGUUCCCAAAGGUACGGAUCCCGUUGGACCGGCAAAUUUUGGCCUCCGUAAACGCAGAUGCUCCGUAGAAAACAAAUCCUCGGAUAGUUCCGCAGGAAGCACGCCUCCGGCUUCAGGCGCGAGUACCCCUUUGCGACAAGCCGUGGCCACAAACAAGACAGUCAAACAUCCAGAUAUACCGAUAAUUAGAACUGAUUCAUCCGAAUGCAAGGUAUCCGAAAAGGCAGAAAACGUUUUGGAAGAGGAAGAAAUGUUUGAAACUGGCGGACCCAGGCAGAGCGAGCACGUAGAAAUAUGCCAAAUGUUUUGGACAAAAUGUGUGCCGAUCAGGCCGAUAAUACCAUUUGACGAGGAAACCGAAUUUAAAUUGAACGAGAAUCAUAAAUAUCUGAAUUUGAAUGUGUGGUCUACGGUGCCGGGAGAGAAAGAUGAAGUUUUAUUAGGUUAUUUGAAUAUACCGCUAGCAGCGUUGCUAAGUGAGUGCCAAGAUUCCACCGUUCCUCAUCACAUGAAACGUUACCAGUUUCUGCCGCCAGACGUAGAUAUCAAGUUUAGCAAAACACACAAACUGGCAUCCCAUGCCGGUUUCGAACCGUGCCUUUGUUUCGGUGAUGCGCUGGUUUGGUGGGAAUGGGAAGACGCCGGGAAUGCACGACUACCGCGGCCAGCGCCGAAAAACAACCAACCUAAAACCCAGCCAGCUAGAACUGUGCAUGACUUUGUACGGACGCACUUCCACAGAUCCACGCAGUGCGAUUUUUGCAAUAAAAAGAUUUGGUUAAAAGACGCAAUGCAGUGCCGCAACUGUGGUCUAUGUUGUCACAAGAAAUGCGUUACGAAGUGCCAGGAGACUUCGCCUUGCGUCCCUAGACAAGAUCGAGAUUCGUCAUCAGGAGUGGGAUGCCCUCCUCCAGAGCUUACCAUGACUGAACCGGACAGUGCCGGAGACCCUGACUCGGAUGAUGACGAAAAAUCAGAAAGAAAGGACUCCUUGGAUGUCCAAGAAGAAGGCGGUGGAGCGAUGAGUGCGCUGGUGGCAGGGUUGCGACGCGCUGGUUCUGCGCAUUCCUUAUGUGCACCGAAGAGCAACGCCUCUUCGCGGUCUUUGCCACCCUCGCCCAGCCACACUCCCAGGAAACAGUCACUAGAAUCAGGAAAUCCAUUCAGCGGAUGCGGCAUGACAUGGCUAGCCCGUGCAGGAGUAGGGGCGAUGUUGCAGCCAGCCUUACGCAGCGCUCUACCACCAGACGCUCUCUUAGCUGCAGCGAGAGACUCAGCUCCAGAUCUUGCGGCCAAACUCACCCCUACACAGAUACACGAAAUGCUUCAAGCGGUCCGCGAAGAGUUGUCAGCUUUGGAUGCAAGCGGUGAGGACGGUGGGGAAGGCCGCGCCUGCGCUCUCACUGCACUGAUGCUUCACUGUUGCGCGGCCGCGCAACUUGCACAGCAGCGUGCUGCCGACGGCAACACUUGAUAUUAUUAAACCAC